AAGCUUGACAUGUUUGCAAAAGUGAAUCUUUUUGAAGAUUCCAAAGAGACACCUCGCUAUUUUGAGGUUACCAAUGUCCUGCGAGCUGGUUGGUUCAAAGGGCCUCAACCUAUCCAGCCGAUCAGCGACGAGAAGGAUUUUUUGCAGUCAGUUGAGAAGAAUUUGGAGAAGUUUUCAGGCGAGGAACCCAAUGCAAUGAAGUACGUCAAGCGCCUUUGGGAGAGAAGUGCCUAUUUAGCGGAGCGAGGGUUUGACUUGGAGUGGAACUUGAGCAUUUUGGAGGCUCUCCGCCCGCUGCUUGGUCACUGGGUCGCUGAACUCAAUCAAGUUGCGGCGCAUGUCGAGACCAUCAUCAAUAUGAUGCAGUCUUCCCACGAGUUGUUUGAACAUGCAUGUGCCGACCUGCCCAUACUUCGCCAGAACUUGAGCAGAUUGAAGUCUCGGCUUCACAACAUUGAUGAGUCAGAGAAGCAGGCUGCAGAAGAUGGGCGCGACAGCAUUGCAAAAGCAAUGGAGUACAUCCCGGAGCUGCUACCAGAAUCGCCACCAGAAGCUCCGAAAGAGAAAGACAUGUUACGUACAUUCCUGCGCAAAGCACAGCUGUUGUUGGAAAGCUGCGUUGAGACCGUCUUGAUCGGAAAAUUGGGUUCUUUCGAAGUUCCAGUGGCCAAACCACUCGGCAAGCGCUGGACGUUUCCAUCAGACCACCCUCCCAUUGCAGCUAUGCUCAAACUCGGUGAGAACUCCAUCAAGGUUGCUUCCUGGAAUGUUCUGAACCGGAACUAUUAUAAAUACAUAGAUAAAGACACACAAGGACUCAAAGGCUCGGAAAUAACAAUGCAGCAUGAAGCUGGUACAAGAGAGAGCAAGAUCAUUGAGAAGAUCGAAGAGAUGCUACAGAACGAUUUCCGAAUAUUGUGCUUACAAGAAUGCUGGCCGGAGUUGCUUCAGCAGCUUGGAGAAGCUUUAGAGGAAAGACAACCUGAAGUUCAGAUGCGCUGCAGCGGAGAAGACAAGAACCAAGAGGCAAUACUUUGCAUGUGCAUCUACCCGGCGCUCCUUUUGGGCGCGCUCGCAAAGAAUGCUGGGAUUGUCAAGGGCGAGAAGCUGCCAACUGUACUGCUGGCAGAUCUGAACUUUCCCGAAAAGGGGUCCUUGCUGCCGAAGAGGAUUGAUAGCAUUGCAGUCAUCAACCACGAGGUCAAAGGCGCAAAGCUCCAAGCCACAGCUCUGAAAGCUGAAGACGUCCUCGAUGGUCUCAGAGAAGUUGUGGACCUCUUGAAAUCCAGGUCAGCAGAGCCAUGGACGCCAACGCGAUACCAAUCAGAUAAGGACCCUUCGCCGGGGCCGCCACCGGAGCCCGAGAAGCCGCCGGGCAGGUGGUCCCUGGACUUCACGUACACCAUCGGCCCAGAAGGCAACGAAGGGUUUUUUGAUGGAAAGGUGCAGCUGUUGGAUCGACGUGUACAACUCCGUGAGGGCCGCCGUCAACAACUUGAACGAUGGCCUUAUUGCCUCCACCUCAGCAUGGCAAAACAUGGCAAGUUGUGGUUUGCAGCCUGGGACUUGGCCUGCAGACAUCGCCUAUGGAUUAUGGAACGCAUGGAACGCAUGGAAGUUGAGCCGUGGAGCCGUGCUGGAGCUAAACGUUGUCGCCAAUUGUUGUAUAGGUCAGCAGAGCCAUUGACGCCAACACGCUCGUCAAGCGAUUUGGGAGUCGCUUUGUCUCAUGAAGAUCUGCAGGAGUUUGAGAAAUGGGGACGAACAUCUCGACGGCACUCCUGGCGCACAGUUCUCUUUCGCUCCAGGCCCAAACAGAGCACCAGCUGGCGCAGCAGUGCCAGAGGCGACAUCGGAGGUGAGAUGGAGCUUGGCCCUGAGCCAACACACAGAUUGCUGCAAGAUGUUUAG